GGCUGGGAGCCCGGACUCCUGGGUUCUCUCUCUCUCCCUGGUGAGGGGGGCUGGGAGCCCGGACUCCUGGGUUCUGUUCCUAGCUCUGGUAGGGUGGGAGGAGGCAUGGGGUUCAGAGGUUAGUUGUCCUGGGAGUCAGGACUCUUGGGUUCUGUUCUUGGCUCUGCCCGUUUGACCCUAGGACAAGUUGCUUCCUCUCUCCCUGCCUCAGUUUCCCUGUACGUAAGGUGAGGGUAACCCUGCCCAUAAGCAGAGUGGGGACUGCGAGGGUUGGUCCAUUCACAAGGCUAAAGUCUGUGUGUGCUGUAGAUCAGUGGUUCUCAACCUUUCCAGACUACUGUACCCCUUUCAGGAGUCAAGCCCAAACCUGAGCUCUGCUGCCCGGGGCUGAAGCAUGUAAUAUAGCUUUACAGGCUCCCUGUGGCAUAGGGCCCUGGGCAGUUGUCCUGCUUGCCACCCCCUAAUGCCAGCCCUGCACUUGAAAACUCCCAAACCCUGUCCUGUGACCCCUUGCGGGGGCGUGACCGCCAGGUUGAGAAACACUGAUCCAGAUGAGUUGGCAUACCCCCGGAAGAUCUCUGCGUUCCCCAGGAGAGGGGGACCCAGAAGACUGGACCUUCCAGCCAUCGCAGGCCCCUUUUUUGACAUGGAGGAGCCACGUGCCAAGAUCCUGGCGCUGGAGACGUUUUGUGUAGAGCAGGUUCCGCCAACUGUCUAUUAUGUUCCAAACUUCAUCUCGAAGUCGGAGGAGACCUAUCUGCUGCACCAGGUUUACGCUGCCCCCAAACCCAAGUGGACCCAGCUGUCUGGAAGGAAGCUGCAGAACUGGGGAGGGCUGCCCCAUGCCAAAGGGAUGGUACCGGAGAAGCUGCCCGCCUGGCUGCAGCGCUAUGCCGAGAAGAUCUCCUCCCUCGGAGCGUUUGGAGGGAAGCUGGCGAACCACGUGCUGGUGAAUGAGUACCUCCCUGGGCAGGGGAUCAUGCCUCAUGAAGAUGGACCUCUGUACUUCCCCACCGUCACCACCAUCAGCCUGGGAUCACACACGCUGCUGGACUUCUACCAUCCCGUCAGCAGGGGGCAGCACGUGGACAGCGAGCAGGUCCCCGCGCCCCAGACAGAGGAGCAGCGCCACUUCCUGUCCCUGCUGCUGGAGCCGCGCAGCCUCCUGGUUCUGCGGGAGGACAUGUACGUCCGUUACCUGCACGGGAUCCGACCCGCCACCUCCGACGCCAUCUCGGAGAAAGUGGCCAACGUGGCGGCCUGCAGCGCGGCGCUCGGGGACGAGCUGCGCCGGGGAACCCGGGUGUCGCUCACCAUCCGCCACGUCCCCAAGGUGCUGAAAACGGCCAUUUUCCUGGGCAGGGGGAAGUGAGGGGAGGAGUUUGCUUCCCUCCCUCCCGCCCAGGCUCUUGCCUGAAAAUGGUGCUGUGAAACGUGCAAUUAACGAGGGGGUAGGGAGACCCGGACAUGGAAGGCUGCGAAGACCCCGUUCUCCCAGCGCGCCGCAGGAUGGGAAGAGCCGAGCCCAAGAGCGUCUCACCCGCACGGGAGGAGAAGAGCAGCCUCUGGGGUCAUCUGUACGAAGGCGCAGAGACUUGGACCGGAUGCAGCGUGGUCUAGUGGUUAGAGCGAGAGGCCAGGGUGCCAGGACUCCUGGGUUCUGUUUCCAGCUCUGGGAGGGGAGUGCGGGGCCUAGUGGUUAGAGCAGGGGAUAGGAAGCCAGAACUCCUGGCUUCCUACUCCCCACUCGUGCUCCUGCUUCACCGUGUGACCUUAAGGGACUCUCCCUCCACCUCCCAGUGCCUUAGUUUCCCUGGCUGUGACAUGGCAGGAGUGCUAUCCGUUGGCAAAGCACCCUGAGCACUUCAGAAGCGUGCGGCAGGCUCGCCUGCUCCUACCUACGUUCAAACCCAUUCAUUUAAAUGCGGUGAACUCUAAUAAAGGCAGGGGGGGGUCAUUCCACCUCGCUGCUGCUUGAGGAAUCA